AUGGACGAGAGGACCCUGGAAAGGACGGUGGCCUCGUUUUCUCGACAUAAUCAUUUAAGGUCGAAGGGGGGGUCCCCGCCGCCCCACCCUGACCCGCUCCGCGCCCGCUCCGCUCCCCCCAUGAGCCGCCCCGCGUCCCUGCUGCCGGCCGCCCGCUGCCGCAGCGCCCCGGCCAAGCGCCUCCAGCCCCUGCACGACGGCCCCGCCGAGGAAGCGCCGGCCGCCAAGUGCCCUCGGCUCGCCGAAUGCGGCCCCCCGGACUGCUUGAGCGCUCCCGGGUCACCGUGUGCUCCCGCGUCUCCCGCCGGCGGCGGCGGCGCGGCGGGUCCCAGCCUGAUCGCCUCCUACCUGCUGCUGCCGCUGGCCGAGCGGGAGCAGGUGUCCAGGGCGCUGAGCGUCAGCUCGGGCCGGGAGCUGCGCUGCAAGGUGUUCCCCCUCAAACACUACCAGGACAAGAUCCGACCUUACAUUCAGCUGCCGUCACACAGAAACAUCACCGGGGUUGUCGAAGUCAUUCUCGGGGACACCAAGGCCUACGUGUUCUUUGAAAAGGACUUUGGGGACAUGCACUCCUACGUGAGGAGCUGCAAGAGGUUGAGGGAAGAGGAGGCUGCCCGGCUGUUCAAGCAGAUUGUCUCUGCUGUAGCUCACUGCCACCAGUCAGCCAUCGUACUUGGUGACCUCAAGCUCAGGAAAUUUGUCUUCUCUAAUGAAGAAAGAACUCAGCUGCGUCUGGAGAGCCUGGAAGACACACACAUCAUCAAAGGCGAAGACGAUGCGCUCUCAGACAAGCACGGCUGCCCGGCAUACGUCAGUCCUGAAAUCCUAAACACGACAGGGACUUACUCUGGAAAAUCAGCUGAUGUGUGGAGUUUGGGAGUGAUGCUGUAUACCCUCCUGGUGGGACGCUAUCCCUUCCAUGACUCGGACCCUAGCACUCUGUUUUCCAAAAUCCGGCGUGGACAGUUCUGUAUUCCUGACCACGUCUCCCCCAAAGCCCGCUGCCUCAUCCGCAGCCUCCUGCGGCGGGAGCCUUCUGAAAGACUCACUGCUCCAGAGAUCUUGCUUCACCCUUGGUUCGAGGCAGUCUUGGAGCCUGGAUAUACAGACCAGGAGACAGGAACUUCGGAUCAGAUUGUCCCAGAAUACCAUGGAGACAGCGAUGAUAUUAGUUCCUUCUUCUGCUAA